AUGGAUUAACAACAUACUUAAUACUUUUCAACACAACAUUUCAUUGAAUCAAAUAAAGAAACUAUACAAAGAAAUAGAUCAAAUACUAAUGAUAUAGUGACAAGUCCAAACAUUCUUUAUAUUCAUAGAAAUUAAUAAUCAUCUCAACCUACAAUAAGAUUAGAAUCUCAACCAAAAAUUCUUAAACCUUCUCAAUCAACAUAUAAUGUUAAAAUACUUGAAACAGAUGAAUUAAUCUACUUUAGAAAUAAGUGCUCUUUUUAAGAAAAAUAAAUUUAAGAUCUUUAAAGUGAAAUAAAUAAACUCAAAUCAACUGUAUAAGAAAAAGUUACUUAUAUAGAAGAUACACAUAGAAUCUAAUAACUUGAAAGCAAUCUAUAAUCAUAUUAAUAAGAAUGCAAUAGAAUUAAUCAUUUAUUAGGAGAAAUUUAAAAUGAAUCAGAGCAAUUUAAAUAAAAAAAUCUCUUUUUAUCUUAACAAUUAAUUUAGUUUCAAUAAUAAUAAAUUGAAUUUGAUAAAUUAAAAAGAAAUUCUCAAGAAACAGAUCAGUAUUGGCAAAAUGAAAUACAAAGACUCAAUGUUUUAGUAUCUCAAAGUUAAUCUUAAUUGCAUUAAUUAUAAAAAACAUUGAUUGAAACAAAAAAAUAUGAAUAAAUGUAUCAUCAACAAUAACCCAUUUAGACCUAAUUAGCUAUAGAAUUAGAGAGAAUUACUUAAAUUUUAAAAAGUAAAGCUGAAGAAUACGAUCAAUAAAAAUCAACUUAUAUUAAAGAAAUAGAAAUCUUAUCUAAACGAAUCAAAGAAUCUGAAUUCGAACUUAAGGAAUUAAGAAUAAGAGAGAAUAAUUUAAAACUAUCUAUUGAUGAAUUGAGUAAGGAAAAUAAUCAUAUCACUGAAAAGUUCUUGAAUGAAAUCAAAAACAAAAAUGAUGAAAUCUAAAAACUAUAAUCAAUUAUUUAAACUCUUUAAACAACCUUAUAGGAUACUUCAAAAUAUCAAGAGUAUUAAAUAAGAUCUAAAAUGUAAAAUGAAGAAAUCAAUAAUCUCAAUUAACUUAUCAGAAUCAAAUCAGAUGAAGCCGAUAAAUAUAAACAUUAGAUUUUGAUAUUUCAAAAUUAAAUAUAAGAAUUACAAAAAUAUACAGAAUAUGAAAUUAAAUAUUAAAAUCUAGCCUAAGAUUAUGAUAGAUUAAAUAAUUCUUUAAUGAUUAAAUUAUCAGAGAAUGAUUAAUUAAGAAAUUGCAUUUCUAAAUUAUAAAUUACUUUAAAUGAUCAUUAAAAAAUUGAAGAAUAUGAAAAUAAAAUAGCUUUACAAAAUUAAGAAAUAGAACGUCUUCAUUAAGGCUUACAAUCAAAGUGUUAAGAUAUUGAUAAAUUAAGUAAUGAAAAAAACAGAGUGGUUACCUUAUUAAAAACAAGAAAUGAAGAAAUUGAUAAUUUGAACUAUAGAAUGUUAGAGAAUUCAUAAUUGAAGGAAUAAUAAUCUAAGUUUUAGUUGCUUAAUUUAGAAACAGAAAGAUUGUCAGUUUAAUUAAGAAAUAAAAAUGAAGAAAUGGAUAAGCUAAAAUAAUAUUUAGCAUAAUUCCAAUUGUAAGAGGCUAAUAAAAUAUAAGAAUUGGAAUAAAAGAGUGUCAUUUAUUAAGAUGAAAUAGAAAGGCUAAGCAAUUUGCUUAAAAUGAAACUAUAAGAGAAUGAAAAAAUUAAAUAAAAUAUCAGAUUUCUUUAAGAAGAAAAUGAUCAGUAAAAAUCUAAAUAAUUGACUUAACAUGAAAUCUAAUAAUUUAAUGAUCAAUUCACUGUUAUGACUCAAGAAAUUGAUUCUUGGAGAAAUCAAUUCAUGAAUCUUAAUAGAGAAUAUCAUAAAUAAUAGGAAUAGCUCAUGCUUUCAAAUGCAGAAUUGGAUACAUUAAAGAAAUAAAGAAAUAAUUCAUUUAAAGUAAAAUUCAUAUUUAUUAAAAUAGUUGGAGUCAUAUGAAACAAUAAAAGAAAACUAAUCUCUUUCUACCUUCUAAUAUGGUACUCUCACUUUAAGAAAUAUUUGA